UAAUAAUCCAACUGAAUAUAGGAUUAUUAUACUACUUCUGUUCAUCCUCGGCACACCUUUAAACUGUACACACUGUGCCCUGGCAUACUCAUCCUUGACAGCUGCUGGACUUAUUAUACAGUAUGUUCUGCAAUACUUCACGAAAGACAAAAAGAAACGCAAUACUUCACGAAAGACAAAAAGAAACGCAACGUCAGUAAUAUGGAAAUAUUUUGGCUACAGAAAGGAUGAUGUUGACCAAGAACAGGUACUCUGUCGGCAGUGUCUUGCAGUUGUUGCAACAAAACAUGGAAACACGACUAAUUUGUUUGAUCAUUUAAGUCUGCACCACAAACCUCUGUAUGACAAGUGCAAGGCCAGAUCCGAUUGCCGUCCAAAGCAAAAAACCAUUUCAGACGCGUUUUCCAGUGUUACACCCUAUGAGAAGAGUUCCAAGCGGCAAAAAGAUAUCACGGAUGCAAUAACAUUUCACCUCGCGAAAGACAUGGUACCAGUUAACACGGUUAACAAACAGGGUUUUAAAAACAUGAUCCGGUCACUUGACAAGCGUUAUGUUAUACCAUCACGCACCUAUUUUUCUCAAGUUGCCAUCCCAGAGCUGUACGAGAAAUGCAAGUUACAAGUGAAAACUGAGCUAUCGCAAGUUACAUAUUACGCAGCAACAACGGACCUGUGGUCCAGCCGAACAACGGAGCCCUACAUAAGACUGACCAUACACUUUAUUAAUGAGGACUUCCAGCUGAAAAGCCGCUGUUUACAAACAGCAUUUUCCCCAGAGGAUCAUACAAGCGAGAACAUCGCAACGGGGAUGAGAGAAGCACUGUCUGCGUGGGGUCUGGAUGAGAGACGCCUCGUCUGUAUAACAACAGACAAUGCGGCGAACAUGGUGAAGGCCGCUGCACUCAACAAGUGGACGAGGCUGCAGUGCUUUGGCCACAGACUCCAUCUAGCAAUCGAAAAUGCAGUGAAAAAGGAUGGACGCAUUGACCGUGCUACAGGUAUCUGCAAGAAGCUGGUGGGUCACUUUUCUCACAGCUGGAAGGCCAGAAGUGCUCUUGAAAAAGUCCAGAAGGAGCUUAAUUUACCAGCACAUUCCCUCAUAUCAGAAUGCCAAAAAAGAUGGGGUUCCAGACAAAUGAUGAUCAGCAGGGUUUUAGAGCAGCAGAAGGCUUUAACUCAGGUCCUGUCUGAGGACAAGAAGGCACGGCAUCUGAUUCCAACCUGGCAAGAUAUAGAUGUCCUGGAAUCUGUCAGCAAGACACUUGGGCCACUGCUGGACUUCACAGAUGCACUCUCAGGAGAAGAUUAUGUUAGUGUCUCCUAUGUGAAGCCAGUUCUUCACCUCUUUAACACUUCAAUGCUGCUAAUGCAAGAGGAAGACACAGACCUGACUAAGAGCCUGAAGAAGGAGAUACUGUGCUACAUCAAUGAGAAAUAUAAAGAUGAUGCUACUCAGGAGCUGCUAGAUGUGGCUUCUUGUUUGGACCCCCGGUUCAAGUUGGACUUCAUCAGUGCAGACAACAAGCCGAGAGUGAAGGUCAGAGUUGCAUCAGAGAUGAUGGAAUGCCAGGAGGAGACAGCAAGCUGCAGCAUUGAGGUUGAGCCCGAAGUUGCUGAAACAUCCCACGCAAAAAAAGCCAAGAAGUCCCUGGGAAGUUUCUUUAAACUGAGCAGGUCUGCAGCAAAGGGUGAUUCCUCUGUGACUCUUAAGGAUGCUGUGGAAGCAGAAUUAGGCAACUACCUGCUAACACCUUCUAUAGACAAAGAGCAUGAUCCACUUGCAUGGUGGAAAACACACAGACCCUACCGUGAUGUGUGCAUGAAGUUCAUGAACGAGUGA